AUGUUUCGCAGUACCUCUCGGUCCUUCGUUUCCUUUUAUCGCACCAGAAGCACUCCUAUUGCGAGAUAUUUUCAUCGGGUCACAACUGAUUUCGUUACUCAUGACACGAGAGGCAAUCUGAUUACCAAAAAAGUACCUGUCAUUAUUGGAAACCCAGGAGAGGCUUAUCUUUUGAUCGAUACAGGGGUUGGCAGUGAACUCCGUGCUGCCAGUCCCGACGAAUCAGUCUCUCCGACUUCAGGUGCUUAUGAGAGAUGUAAACUUACAUUUUUCCACGAUUCACUCUACUUUGCGUUUGGGUCAUUGAGUUAUCCCGGUCUCUAUGUUCCAAACCAAAUCCCUCGCCAGAAGGAGUCAAAUACAAGCCCUGCAACAUUGUUCUUGAGUGGAUUCUUGAGUGGAAAGAUGCAUGAGAUAGUUCUAGAUGGAACUCCUGAUGCGGAAUUUGCUGAGAUGGCACGCGCUACCGGGCAGGACUUGGCCGGACCCCUUGAACAGUUGAAGGAUAUGCGAUACAUGCGAUCAGUUGCUUUCUCCAGCAAAUCUGGGCUGGGAAUAGUUUCAAGUUGA